AAAUUAUUAAAAAUAUCUUUCAUUUGAGUCUCAUAUUGCCAUGGUCGGUAAAUAUGUCCGACUUAGGGGUGUUUUGGGGAGUUCGGGUGGUCCCCCAAACACUUGGUCCGACAAUUGGAUAUCAGAUACGUUUUCUGAUCUUAAGUACCUUUCAUUUGAGUCCCAUAUUGUCGUGAUUUGUGUAUAUAUAUAUUUGGUAGGUUUUGGGUGGGGCGCCCCCUAGGUAUCACAUCCGAAAUUUGGAUACCAAAUUUUUGUUUGUAGGUUACUAUAAGAGAGCACACAAAAUUUCGCUUAAAUCGCACCACCCACCGAGAUCUGGCGAUUCAGAAAAUUAGGGUAAGGGGGAGGGUCCGUUCCCCCUUCAGAUAUCAAAAAGGUAGUACCCUAUAUUCACCACGGGAUCAUUAUGCACCAUCAGUGAAAAUUUCAAGAAAAUCGGUUCUGAGUCUAUAAGGAACACACAAACAAACAAACCUACAAACAAAUACGUGGACGAAGUUACAAAUGUCAUCCGCAUCUCCAAAACGUCCAAGUCGCUGGGCCUCAAAGGAAUCUACACUGAUGCUGAAGAACUUGCAUAUACAGGGAGUCGAGUACAAGAUACAGAUCACUCUCUGAACACUCUCAUAAUUCUCAAUAUAUAGAAAAUGGGCAGAGUUAUCCCACUACUGAAGCCUGGAAAGGAGACUCACCUUCUUCUUUUGUCAGUAGCCAGCCGGUUGUACAUACCGGAUUGCGUCGAGUCCUUCAUCGGUAAGGGCUGCCGCCUUAGUGUACAACACACUGCUACAACAACAACAACCGUGGUCUAACUCAUGUCAAGGCAUGCGUUAGGACGGUCCUCGUGGCUUUGAACCUCUCGAAAGCUUUCGAUAAGGUAAAUUACGCUUUUUGAGGAUAUUGCUAAAACGUCCCUCCAGUCGGGCCUAAGACAUUGGUUACGAACCAUCUGUGUAGUCACCAAUCGUUUGUGAACAUUUAAAAGUCGAAGCCCGUAGAGUGAAACAGGGAGUUCCUCGAGGGGUAGUGAUAUCUCCGGCAACUCUUCCUCUCCUCUAUUCCAUGCCCUCCAGACCGCAUCGAGGUGCGGACGAUUGUACGAUCACGAAUACCACUUUGCUGAUCUUGCCGUUUAUUUCGCUGCCAGAAAUUUGAAGAUAUCUGCCACGAAAUCUUCUGCCAGACUGUUCAUUCUAUCGUCAGCGCAGAUGCAUAAGAAGUUGAAUGUGUUAGUCAAAGGCGUAAGAAUUAUGGACUACAUACAAACCAAUUGGAUGGUCAGCUAUAAACAAUUCAACGUCGGUGUAGACUCACCAGUUGAGCGACACGCAGUGGAAUACAAUUCAGAUCUGUCAGAAUGCUGCCCGACGUACUGCGACGAGCAGACUCCUCAAUUCUUAUUUGUACCACCUCCAUAAGGAGAAAAAGAUCAUACAAGUGCGAAGGCACAACUACAUGCUGUCUAAUGAGUAUCAAUUAGACUGCUUUCGCAGAGACCAUCCCGAUCACCAAAUUGGGGAUAGGCCACCACCAAGCGAUAUCAGGGAGGAUCUACAUGAUCUAGACUCUAUAUUCUAGAGCGUGAUGUUCAGUGCUACAAGAGAGAACCUGUAGAUCCCAGUUAUUAGCAUUCACGCAGACACAUCAGCAGAAGCGUUGAACAGAUAACGAGUGGAAGCAAUCCUUGGAGCGCCGCCACCCAUUGCAUCUCCCUCGGCAAAGCAGACAGGGAAAAUGCAACUUUCUAAGGCGCACCCCUGAUUCAUUACGCUGACGAUUUGUUUUGCACUGAAAUGAAAUGAAUAAAACAUGGCAAUUAAAGAAACCAGUCCAAAUUCUAAUGGGCUCUAUUUUGUUGUACAACUUAUUCAUACAUGUGAAACUUAUAAUGGUAUAUAUAUAUUUAUUUUUAAUAGGUAGUCUGUUUUUGUACUGAUUACCCAUUGGUAAUCAGAAAACUCAUUGCUUGCCCUUCUAAAACUAAAUAUGUAUAAAAUAAAUUUAGUGAAUUUAAUAUUGUAAAAACAACAUUAAAAAUAAAUUUUUUCCAAGGAAUACAACAACAUUCAUUGUCAAAAUGUCCUAAUUAAGAAUUAGAACUUUUAAUUGCAAUAUUAAAAGGAUUGUAAAAUAGAUUUGUAAAUUAAGUUAAAACUAAACCUUAAAAUAAAAAAAAAAACUUUGUUGCUUAAGAAAAGGGCGGAUCUUUAUAGCAAAGCCAAACUCUUUUCUUUCGCUUUAUUCACAACACCAACAUUAUGAAAACUACACAUCUCAUGGCCGUUAUGUCGGACAAGGAAAAACAGGCUCACGAUCUGGUGCGUUGUCGAAGUUGGUUACGUGCUGCCACCUUAUAUGAUGAGAUAUUAGCCUCAGCGCCCACUUGGAGUCGUGUGCAAAAGGAUCGUCAUAUAAUCUGUCUUUUGGGACGUUGCGAGUGCCUAUUCCAGCUAGGAAAGUAUGAGCCCUGUUUGGCCGAUGCCCGCAAAGUGUUGUCACUGAUCAACGAACAGCCAGCAGAUUGUUUAACCAGCGUAUCACGAACACGAAAAUGGCAAAUACAUUCUUUGUGUAAACUGAAAAAAUAUUUGGAAGCUGAAAAGAUACUCAAAGAAUGGAUUGCCCAAUUUCGAGUUCGGAAAUUCAACGAAAUAUGCAAUGUUUUGGAGGGUUACCAGCUUGUUGUGAAUAUGCUGUACAGUUAUGAUAAAUCCGAACAAAAGUUAAUGGAUAUCGCGUUCUUGGAUGAUAAAAUGGCCAGUUUAGAUAGCAAGCUCGACAGUUGGGCCAGCAAAGGUUUGGCCUUGGAUAAAUAUAGUAAACAUUUAUGCAGUGGCUUGGGGGUUGGAGCGGCAGGCAAUAACAGCAUUGUUGGGGUUGCCAGUGUUAAAGGUAUUAAAAAACGCGAGAGUUCUACACCUAAUGGUGGUCCUCUGAACAAUAUGUCUGGUCUCAUGCUAGCAUCACUGGGUGUCAGUGCUGCUGGCAACAAAACAUCAUCGUCCGCCGAUGAAACAAACGCUGCGUCUGAAGAUGCUAAUAGCACCACAUGUUCGUAUUGUGCUAUAACAUUUAAUACACGCAACGAAUUGAGGCAACACUGUCAAACUGAGGCGCAUCAGAAUGUGAUAAUGUCGGAUGAAGGCAGAGAUUGGAAGUGGAGACCUCCGCCUAGGGGUUUUACUCUGGAUUCCUAUAGCCUCUGCGAGUCCUGGACUGAAUCGCAACUAUGCCAUUAUGGUAACCAGUGUGUGGAAGCCCAUGGUCAAGAUGAGCUGAAUGAGUGGAAGGAACGUUUUGAGUACCGGCGUAUGCGUCUACAGAAGGCAUGUGAGAAAGAGCUGUACGGUAAAUCGUAUACGGAACAAAUUUUGGAAAAAUGGAUUCAGUCUACGGCGCCCGAGAAAGUUAUGUGCGAAAAAGUGGAGGGUAUCGAAGCAACAUGCGAACAAGAUCUUGUCACCAGCAUAAGUUCAAAGACAUCCAAGCGGGAGUGGGUAUUUGUGUUGAAAACCAGCGGAAAAUCUUUAAAGGCUGUGGCCCUGCUGCAGGAUGCUCAUCGCAGUCAUUUUGCAAUAAAGAGCAUAAAAACACCCGACUCGGCAUACGAUCUGGAUGCAAAAACCAACCAAGAAUGGAUGCCACAAAAGCUGUCAACGUCAUCAUCUUCCACGUCUACAUGCUCAUCCGAAAAAGAGGAAUCGAAGAAGUCCACUGACAGUGCGGAAACACCAUCCAGUUCAACUGCUACCGCAAAUACAACAACGGAGCAUCAGGUCACUGUGGAAUUUCACACCGAGAUCUAUGGCACCUUCCGUCAAGCGGUGUGUUUUGACUUUGGCUCUGAGCCCAUACUGGUGCGGCACCUUUGUGUAGACGUUGUGCCCGUAAGCGAUGCAGAGAAGAUAGAAGAAAUCAAACGUGAUAUAAUCAACAGUUCGGCCACCAGAUGGGAUGUAUCCAAUACAAAUUUGGUGAGAUUUGAAACCACCAUCGGUACCCAUAUGAAGACUGAGGGCUAUCUCAAUGACAUAAAGCAUGAAAAGGAAAUGCUUGAACGCUAUCCCUGCCCCCGAGCACAGACAUUUACGCUGACCCAGUCAACGAUAUUGGAGAAACGUUUGACCCAAAACAACUACCGUUCGCGCAUACAUGAACUGCUUUACGUUGAAGAAAUAGCCCGCUACGAACAAAUAGCUCGAUUCAAUCUGCGUACAAAGCUUAAUGUGACGUCAAAUUAUAUACUUACACCUGCAGGUAUGGCCACAAGUACGGCCAAAUACUCCUUGUCGGGAGAAUUGUUCGCCCUCAUGCAUCUGGGUAAAGAUGUCUCGGAGGAUACUUCGGCCGGACGCUUGAUUCUAUCGAAUUGUUCAAGUGUGUAUAUAUCUGUGGUGGAUGAAGCGAAUCUCGGUGUAGACAAGAAGCGUCAUGUAUACGAGGCGGUAAUCGAAGACAAAGGCAAAAAUGUGAUCUACUUAAAGCUGUCUGCCAAAUGUGUGGAAACAAUGAAACUAAAGGCCGACACGGAAUUGCAUGUGGACAUACAAUUCCAAUUGAAUCGCUUGCCAUAUUGCGAAUGGCAUCAUGCUGUCGAUAAAAUCACAGAUUUCAAAAUAAUAUUCCCUGCCACCGAAGUGGAGCCCAAUAUUCCAUGGACACCCAAGAAGCAGUGGUCAGAGUCCUGCGAACCCAAGCUGAAUGCUAAGCAAAGGGAGGCCGUUAAUGCCAUAACCACAUCGUUAAGUAUUAAACUGCCUCCCAUACUUCUAAUAGGACCAUUUGGCACGGGCAAAACAUACACUCUGGCCCAGGCUAUAAAGCAACUUUUAACACAACCUGAAGCUAAGAUACUCAUAUGCACCCAUUCGAAUUCGGCAGCAGAUUUGUAUAUAAAAGAAUAUUUACAUCCUUGGAUAGAAGCGGGACUAGAGGAAGCCACACCUCUCAGAGUGUACUACCACAAGCGUUGGGUUGCCACUGUUAAUAGUGUAGUUCAAAAGUAUUGUAUCACUGAUGGUGCUGGAAAUUUCCGUCGUCCUACAGUCAAGGACAUUAUGAAGCAUCGCAUUGUGGUGGUGACCUUAAGUAUCUCCAUGGAAUUGGCCAACUUAGAUCUGCCGAAGGGCUAUUUUACCCAUAUAUUUCUCGACGAAGCCGCCCAGGCUAUGGAAUGUGAAGCAAUAAUGCCGCUGGCAUUGGCCAAUGACAGCACACGCAUUGUGUUGGCUGGUGAUCACAUGCAAAUGAGUCCCGAGCUGUUUUCGGCAUUUGCCAAAGAGCGCAAAUUGCACAUUUCUCUAUUGGAACGCCUUUACGAUCAUUAUCCUUCGAAUUUCCCAUGUAAAAUUUUAUUGUGUGAAAACUAUCGUGCCCAUGAAGCAAUUAUAAAAUUCACCUCGGAGCUGUUCUAUGAGCAAAAGCUAAUAGCUUCCGGAAAACAACCCAGACAUGAAAAAUUUUAUCCUCUUACGUUUUUCACCACCCGAGGUGAGGAUGUGCAAGAUAAGAAUUCAACCGCUUUCUACAAUAAUUCAGAGGUGUACGAAGUGGUAGAGAGGGUGUCGGAGCUGCGCAAGAAAUGGCCCAGUUCAUGGGGCAAAAUAAACGAUGCCAGUAUUGGUAUUAUGACUCCUUAUGCGGAUCAAGUAUUUCGCAUACGUUCAGAGCUUCGUAAAAGACGAAUGGGUGGCAUUUCGGUGGAGCGUGUUCUAAAUGUUCAAGGUAAACAGUUUCGAGCCAUAUUUUUGUCAACGGUACGUACACGCCGAACAUGUUUGCCCGUCAGCAUGGGCGGUACAGCAGCUGGUGGGGGCAGUUUUCCCGGACAAACCAGCUCACCCACAGAAGAUGCUGAUUAUGGUUUUCUAAGUAACUCCAAAUUGCUAAACACGGCCAUAACAAGAGCACAAAGUCUAGUUGCAGUUGUUGGGGAUCCAGUGGCCCUGUGUUCGAUAGGUAGAUGUCGAAAGGUUUGGGAGCGCUUUAUCGAAAUAUGUGAUGAAAAUAAAUCUCUUUUUGGCAUAACGAUGUGGCAGUUGCGUUCUCAGCUGGAUGGUGUGGAACUAAAAAGAGGUUAUGUUCUAAAUCCUUUAGCACCUGAGUUUAUACCGCGAUCUUUACAACCCGAAGCGUAUUUACGUGAUCAAGCAGCCAUGUAUUUGGCUAUGGCAGCCAACAACCACCAUGCAAUGGGACCUCAUCCUGGUCAUCAUCAUGGUCCGGGGGGCAUGGGACCUCAUCCAAGUCUGUUGGCUGGCGGGGGUUCGGGACAAAUACCACCGCAUCAUGCUGCUGCAAUGGCUAACCAGCAAAUGCCGCAUAUGUAUGGUCCGCAUACCGCUGCAGCGGCGGCCUAUAAUGCAGCCGCUGCAGCUGCAGCUGUCAUGAUGAAUCAAGGAAUGGGAAAAGGAGGACAUCAUUUUCAUGGUCAUCCCAAUCAUAUGCCAAUGAGAGCAAUAGGCCCACCACCUCCUUCAGGGGGUCCGCAGCAGCCACCGCAACCGACGCCCUCUUUGAAUAGUCAGCAAUUCAAUCCACGAGGUCCGCCGCCGCCACCAGUACACAUGGGUCAGCCGCCAAACAGUGGAGGUGGCAAUCAAUUCUCUCAAUACAUGCCGUGGCAGCAUGCCCAACAACAACAACUGAGACCACCUGGGAGUGGGGGAAAUUUUCCCUCGGCACCCGGUCAACAAUCAGGUGUACCAUCUGGACAAAAUCCGAAUGCCAGUCUUUGGGGACCACCACCACAAUCGAAUCCCUGGACUGUUUUGCCGAAACAACAGCAGAUGCAACAGCCUCCUAAUCCCAACGGAGCAAAUGGACGACAAAUUUCCGCGCAACAAACAGCCCAAAAUAUGCGGGGGCAAAGCGUACCUUUGCAGCCACCACCUCCUUUGCCGAAUCAACAGCAGUUACGCAACAAUCCGAAUGAUUUGGGCUACUUGGCAAAUAAGGCUUUGUAUGCCGGCAAGCAACACCCUGGUCAAGGAUCACAAGUUCCACCACCACAAAAUCAUACAAACUUUGGUGGCUUUGGUCAGGGCAAUGCCCCACCACCUCCUCCAAAUCAGUUGCAAAUGAUAAAUCAACGGAAUAUGAGUGGUAUACCCAAUGGUCCCAUAAGUCCCAUGGAUCCAUUCAUGCCAAGACCACCCGGUGGCAAUGGGGGAGCAGCUCCUAAUCAAAAUGCAGCCUUUUUCGGACAAAACAACCUGCAGGGUCCAUUGAAAGAUAAAGACUUCCAAUUCCUUAACAACGUGCACGUGCCCCUAAACAUCGGUGGCACGAUGUUUCAAGCCCCUCCACCACCACCGAAUGCCAUGGUUGGUUCGGCAAAUAAGCAACAAUCGCCAACUGCUUUGAGAUUUCCCCAACCCCAUGAAUAUGCCUCUCUAUUGCCACCCAACAUGAACAUCUAUGAAAUGACAUUUGAACCUAAAGAAUCCCAAUACAAGUGGUACUUAAAACUAUUGGAAACCCAAGGACAAGAUGCUGCCAACAAAUUCACGGAAGUUCUGAGGCAAGUAAGUUCCAUGAUGCAACAACAACAACAACAACAACAGCAGCAGCAGCAACAGCAAUCCCAACCACCGGUGAACAAACCUCCACCACACAUGCCACAAUCCUUUAUGAAUAACAUGGGAGUUCAGCCACAGCCUCCUACACAACAACAGCAGCAACUGAUGCCUAGAGAUGCCUCUUUCAUGCAGCCACUGAUGAACUAUCCACAGCAGCAACAGCCACAACAGCCACAAAGAAAUAUUAAUCCCUUCAUGGGUCCACCAAACCAAGGUAAUCCCCUGCAAACGAAUUCAUGCCUCAACGAUGAUCCCCAACCAUUGGAUAUUAAUUUCAAUCAACAAAUCGAUAUGGUAUUUAAUUCCAUAAUAAAUGGCAAUGAAAUAUCACAACCUAUUUUGCGAGAUCUCUUUGGUGUUGCCGGCGGCAGUAACGGUGGUAAUAAUCCUGCAUCCACCAUGAAUGGUGGCGAAAUGCUGCUCAAUACGAACACGUCAUCGUCUAACCCACUAAUGAGUGGCAGCAAAAUGUUUCCCAAUAUUGGUGCAGGCACAAAUGGUGUAGGCGGAACAGCUGUAAUGAAUAAUCAUCAGGGUGGUAACAUGGCCAAAAAUACAAUGGGACCAAACAACAUGAUCGGUGGUAUGCCGCCGCAGCAGCAGCAGCAACAAGCCGCCAAUGCACAGGGCGGUUUCAUGGCAAAUAAUUCUUUGCUGAAUAGCAAAGAUUUCAUGUUGGGUCCCAAUAUGGCCGCCGCUGGUUCAACAUCAUCGAAUUCGUCAUCUGUUCCACUUUAUAGACGCCAAGGCCUUACAAUGGGAAAUGGUCACAAUCUUAAUAGUGCUGGCAAUUCAACAUCGUCUACCGGUGGUCACUCGCUGCCAUCGUCCACACCCGAUAAUAUUUUAAACAGCAGUCCCAAUGACAUACUUGCAGGUUUGACGACCGGUUCUAGCACUCUUAUUGAAGCACUUUUUCAGGAUCAACAACAUCAACAGAAUAAUGCCACAUUACAGAAAUUAUUGUACAAUAAUUUCAAUGCCGCUGGCAUUAAAGGUGGUGACAUGGAUUUAUUUAUGGGCAAUAAUAGUUUUGCUAAUGCUUUAGCCGAUGGCGUAGCCAACAGCUUUCAUACACCUAACUAUCAACAGACGAGUAAUGCCGCCUGCGGUGCUGGUGGUGCAGGUGCAGGUGGCAGCGGAAAUGCAGUUUCGACAUCGGGCGAUAGUCGUAAUACAACAUAUGCAGCAGUGCUGAGUCAGGCACCUCAGACACAAGAAUCCACAUUGCAACAGCAACACCAGCAUCAUAAUUUUACACAUAACGCAUUGGGCGCUGGUGCUGGUGGUGGUGGUGGUGGCAUUGGCAAUGGCUUGGCGGGCCUGAGUUUAAAUGUAGGCGGCACCGCCAAUGGUGAAUGUGGGGAUAAAGAUCCCUUUGCAGCUAUUAGGGAGCUGGGUCAAGGUACGAAUGGUUUUUACAAUUAUUUUCAAUAGAAUUUUCAUUUGUUACGAAAAAGAAGUAAAAGGCUUUGGCUGCGAUGCAUUGAAAAUAUCUUCACCUUAUAAUGUAUGUGAAUGUAUUGUAUAAUUAGUUGGGUUAGCACGAGAAAACCUAAGACAAAUGAGGACAAGUUUACGAAACAGAAACAAUGACUCUGAGCAUGGCGACGAGAAUGUAGGGGAUUGAAAUGAAAAGUGAUAGCGAUUAGUAUUUGUUUGGCAAUUGAAAAAAAAAUGGAUUAUUAUCUCUUAUUUACUACUAUAAUUAAUUUUAAAUAAUUUUAGUUUAGCCUUUAGUUCACUUGAAAUUAUUUAAUUAAUUAUCGUUUUUGUAUAUUCACUCUUUGGUAUUUAUAAAAUUUAACUUUGUAGCUAUACUUUGUAACUUUUAAACUUUAAAGUAAAGUUUCUAAGCAUACAUUUCUGCACCUCAUUUCAUUCAGCCUCCAGCCCAGCGAUGGGGAAAAGCCUUAAAACUUUAAACUUUGUUUGUUUUUUUUUUUUUAUUUGUUUGAAAUUCAAUGUCGACAAUGUUGACCUGAUUUUCUACUAAGAUUGUUCUCCCCCCACGUUAUGAAUUACGAUUUAAUUAAAUAUUUUAGCUAUAACAUAGGUAACAUUAUAGACUAGAAUUACAUGAGAAAAAACACUAAGGGCUGUAUUAAAGAAUGAUUUUUUUGUAGUUUUGAAAGGUUAAAAGUUUGAAGGGUUCUGCUUUAUAUUCAUUAAGAUUUAGUUACAGCUAGAUUUAUCCUUGAAUUAUUUGAUUGUCAGCAAUAUGUUUAAUACUACUAUACUAAGGUAUAUUUUUGAAGAACAUCUUAAACCUCAAGCGACUCAUUUAAGGGGUCUCUUUGGUAUUGUUUUCAUAAUAGAAAUGAGAACUCUUUCAAAUCGAAAUGAUGGAAUUUAAAAAAAAAUAUUCUAGAUUCUCUGAAUACACCAAUAGUAGAAAUUUCAUAUAAAAAGGCACAAAUUGAAAGAAAAUAAGUAAAAAUUAGACUUAAAGUCGUACUCUUUCUGUAUUUAUGUCAAUUUUUCCCAAAUAAAUAUUUUUUCACAAUGAAUCUUGCUAUAAAUCACUGAAAAAUAGGAAUGUGUAUAUAUAAAAUUUUUCAAAACUAGAAAACCCUAAUUAUUAUCUUUUUUUUAAUGAGUUUUAUGUCUUCCCAUUUCGAUGUGAUGUAUGAAAAUAACACCAAAUAAUAACAUUUUAUAAAAUGAAAUAUUUUGGUCAAUUAUAGCAUCAAAACAGAAUUAGUAAGACUUUAAUCCUUAAUUCAUUUUUACCACAUUUUCUUACUUUAAGCGAUUUAUACCGAAAAAUUUGAAAAAAAGUUUUCAAUCAAUGAAAUAACGAUUCAUCCAAAUUUUUAAUUGAAUCUGUUUCAAUCACAAAAUGAAUGAUUAUAUCAAUCAACGUUUUUAAAAAAGGUUAUUGAAAAGUUUUUUCAAUAAAAAAGAAAUAUUACAAUUUUCAAAUUUCCGACUAAGUGAUUGAACAUUUUCGAAAUUUUCAAUUAAUUUUUUAAUUGCUCUAAAAAAGUGGACGCUCCUAUAUCGAAAAAAAUGCUCAAUUUCAAUUACGAAAUUAGUUGAUUUAACUAAUUUUUUAAUAGAGAUUGCUUCAAUCACGAAAAAGAUAUCAAUCACUAUUUUUAAAAAAAAGGUAGUUAAAAAAUGAUUUAACAUACAAAAAAAUUAAUAAAAUUGUGAGAUUUUCGACAAUUUUUUUAAUUGUUCCAAUUUCAAAAAUGAUUGAAAUUUGUUUAAUGUUCUAAAAAAUAAAAGAAUUCGUAAAAUUUUCAAAAAAAAAAAAUGCUUUUUAAAAAAUGCUACCACACCCUAAAAAAAAUAAUCAGAUUCAAUCACGGAAUUAAUUGCUUCAAAUAAUUUUUUUAUUUAAACUGCUGCCAUCACGAAAAAGAUAUCAAUCACAAUUUUAUAUUCAAUUAAAAAAAGAUUGAAAAUUUUCGAAAUCCUCAAUUAAUUUUUUAAUUGAUGUCUAAUUAAAAAAUUAUUGAAAUUUUCAAUUUUUUUCUUCGAAAAAUUCAUGUCUGAAAAUAUAUAAAAAUUGGUUUCAAUCCCGAAAUUGAUCCAAAUAAUUUUUUGAUUGAAACUGCUUCAAUCACGAGUAUUAAAAAAGGAAGUUAAAAAGUUUUUCAAUUAAAUAAAUGUGUAUUCUAUUAAAAAAAAAGCAAAAAUGUGAAAUUUUCGUCAAGUUUUUUAUUUGAUCCAAUUUAAACAGUGAUUGAAUGUGUUCGAAAUAUUCCAAAAAUUUUUUAUUGCUCUAAAAAAUAAAUGGAAUGCGUAAAAUUUUCAAAAAAUGUUGUUUAAACGAUGUUACGAAAAAAAAAAAAAAUAAUCAGAUUCAAUCACGGAAUUAAUUGCUUAAGGUGGCUGAAUCGUAAUAUAGAGCUUUGCUUCUCCUUCAUUGUCAUAAAUGCCUGAUACGCCAUCAUCAUAAUCUAAAGGCCUACUUUUAUGGAGUUAGAACUUGAAGAUCUAAUUGCCAUUUCCGGGCGGCGGCCGCUUUUCUUGGUGGUUGGGACGGCUGCUGGACAUAGUGCUGCCGAAAAGCGACUUAUGGAUUUAUUCUUACUCCUGUGGAGUAAAUGCUGCCAAAUGUGGCGCCAAGUAUCUUUGAAUAAUUGCCCACGAACAUUCCAUUAAGUAACAGGCAGAAGACUUCUUGCACAUCAUUGAGUGCGAUUCUACUUUAAGCUCAAUGAUAAGGAACCUCCUUUAAAUAUCCGACACGGAACUGAGUGCCAAUAAAUUGAAAAACUUAAGCAAAUCUUCUAUGGUGGGUGGGUACAUGACAUUUUUUUAACCGGGAUAACUCAACAAUUUGGUACUUGAUUUUGAUGAAAAAGUGAAAAAUAAUUUCCAUACAUUUUAAAUUGUUCAUAAAUAAUAAGAAUUGGUACCAUUUUUUUAUAAAAACAAUAAAAUUGCUAAUUUUUUUUAUCCUAGUUCCCUUUCAUUUGUUUUGGGGGAAUUUUUGCCAAGUUUUACCAUCUCAUUCUCUCUUUUAUAUCGAUUCAGAGUAGCUACUUUUUUUCCCUGGGAGGUAUUUUCCUUUUUCAAAGUUUGUUUAGAAUAAGGGAAAAGGGAAUAAACUGCCAGUAAAUUGUUAUUCAGAAUAGGGGAAAAGGGAGUAGGGAAUAAAUUCCCAGGGAAUUGCUAUUCAGAAUAGAGCUGUUAAACAUUUUUAAUAUGAUCUAUUUUUUAAUUAAUUCAAUUAAAAAAAUAUUUAUGGGUCGAUUAUGGAUGGCAAACCAACUUCAGUUGCGUUGUCAACGUACUAAUUUGUUACAUAAAUUUUCAUUUUUGUAUUGAAUUACUUACUUUUUUUUUAUAAAUUUUUAUUAGCUGAACUUGAUUUUUUUAGUUUUAAAACUUAAUUAAAAAAAAAAAAAAAAUUUGAAAAUUUAAAAAUUUUUUGUAAUUAUUUGUGUAAUUAGACCUUAAAAAAAAUAAUUAGGAAUUGCAAAAUGUUCAAUCAUUUUUUAAUUGAGUUAACAAGUUUUUUAGUUGUUUAUUUUUUCAACCACCUUUUUCAAUAACAGUGCUUGAUAUUUCGUGAUUGGAGCAGUAUCAAUUAAAAAAUUAAUUGUAUCAAUUAAUUUCAUGAUUAAAACCAAUUUUUUUUUCUGUAUAUAAAACAUUAAUGCAUUUUUAUUUUACUUGAAAGGUACUUGAAAAUAUUACUAUUUAUUUUAAUGUCUUAGUUUACAAAUGUCAACCACUUGUUUAAUUAGAACAAUUAAAACAUUUUUUGAAAUAUUCAAAAACUUUCAAUAAAGCUUUUAAUUGGACCUGCUAAAAAAAUUCAUCGAAAAUGUUUUCAACUACCUUUUUCAAAAACUGUGAUUUAUUUUCAUUUUCGUAAUACAACAACAGUUUAAUACAACAACAACAAUUAAAAAAUUAAUUGAAUCAAUAAAUUUCAUGAUUGAAACCGAUUUUUAUAUAUUUUUUUUCUGCCUAUAAAAACAUUUGAAUCGAUUACUCAUUUACUUGGGAAAGGCAACAUUAGCAAUCCCUUUUUGUAAUUGGAUUUCAAUUUCAUCUUUAUUGGUUCAUUAUUAUGUUCAUAUUUACAAAGCAGAGUUAUGAGAUCUUAUCUUUUGGAUAUUACUGCAUAUAAGACUUAGGAUCAAAGAUAUUAAAUUACAAUAGCACAGUUAAGAUAAUGAGUUUUUUUUUUGUAAUUGGAAACUAUAUUAGAUUCAAUUAAAAAAUUAUUGAAUCAAUUAUUUUUUUAAUAAAACAUUUUAAUUUCGAAUUCAAAUUUGUGAAAUUAAGCUCUAGGGUAUUCAGAGACUAAUAAUAAAAUAUAACGGCGAAAUUGUAUAGAAUAUUUCGGCCUGCUCAAAUAUUCUAUACCUGUCAAGUUGUAAUAGGGUUCUUAUAAAUAGAAUAAAAUAGACUCUCUCGAACGAUGGUACAAAAAGACCCUUUCAGUGAGUAACUAGGAUUAAAAUAUUGUUGCAGCAGUAAUCCCUUAUAUCAAUAUUCUAUGUAUCAAAAAAGCAAGGAUUACUAGAAAUACGAUUGAGAAACGAAUUGUUCUUAAUAUUUUCAAAAAGAGAUGACCUCCUUCUGACGUAUUAUUGGUUUCCUCAAUUAAAAGCUUUCAAAAAGCCAAAUGCCAAUAGACAGGUCUUCAAUGACCACUUCAAAACUUACUAAUAUUUUUUUUUAAUAAACACUUGGUUCGUUAUUAAGCAAAACCCGCUCAGUAACCAUUUUACUAUUUCAAAGCUACAUUAAGAUUUUUUCACAAAUACGGCCAUAGGACUUUAAUGAAAAGCUGAGUUUGGUUUUAUCAUUGUUGGUAUUAUUGGAAAUCAUAAAACAAUGUUGUGGAAUAUUGUUUGAAGCGCUUAUGUUUAGGUUUGUUCACUGCCCAAAUAUUACGGAAACGCUUGAAAAAUAACACCAAGCUUCGUGAUAUAAAACCAAUACACGUGUAAAAAAGUAUUUUUGGAAAAAAUUUCAUUUUCGUCAAAACUCUUUAGGUCGUUAAUAGUAGCAACAAUGUUGUUUAAUGUUUAGGGGUCUUAGUAAGGAUUUUGCUAUCCGAGUGUAGACAAUAUUAACUAUUUGCUACAACUUAAGCAAACCAUGCAAAAGCUGAAUCAGUCGAAAACUCCAUUUUUCAUCAUAUCCAGUAUAAGGAGUAGCAUAACUAAAGUGGUUAGUUAAACAAUCCCAAUUUAGUUGCUGGGUAUGCCAUCUUAUAUGGCUUUGCCUGUUUAUAUUCAUUCGAGGUGUAACGCUUUUGAAUGUCCUGUUGUAAAUAAAGCAAAUAUAAUAUAGAAAUACAUUGAACCACAUUCAAAUCUGUUAUAGGAUCCUUAAAUUUUUGCAUUAAUUUUAUUUUAAUUAUUUUAAUCCUAGUUUUAUAUGUGAGCAAUAGACAGUUUAUUAGUUCCUACAAGCAUAUUAAGAUUCAUAUUUAGUACAAAUCCUCCAUUGAAAUGUUACACAGUGUAAAUUUAAAGGCAAUAGAAAAAAAAUUCACAUUCGAAACUUAGUAACCAACCCGAGGCUCAGGUCAGUCCUGUUCUAUAUCAUCAUCUACUUUCAGGCUCGACUACAAACAGGCAACUUUUUAUUAUUACACUAAACUCUAUACCAAGUGAAAGUGAGUUUACGGUUUAGCUGGUACUUAAAAAAAAAAACAUUUCGUUACAAAUUUUAAGAAAUUUUGUAAACUAUGCGAUGUGAAAAAAAGUUAUGCGUUUUUUUUGGAAUUCUUUAGAAAUCAAUUUAUCGUUUAUGUAUUAUCCGCUAUGACUUUCCACUUCCUACUAACGCUUGACCAGUUUUUGCAUAGUUAAAAUCUUCAACAGGCAAAAUAAGAGAAAAGAAGAUAGUAAUAAACUUAUGCUUACGGUAAGCCGUGAUUCAUAUUCAUAGCUUUAAUGGUGGCGAUACUGCCAAUUUUAAAGGUCUUUCUCAUUGUAGACAGAAGCUUAUGUGGCCCAUUUGGUCGGUAGUUGUUGUUGUUGUAGCCUCAUUUUUAUGUGGAGGUGGCGAUUCUCGUCAAGCUCUUGUAGGUGAGCAGGCUCGUUCGCCGCGGAAACAGGGUGGCCAUUGGCUAUUUAAAAGCGCCAAUACCUCGCCUUGUCAUAUCGAUCAUCAUAGGCACUCGGUAUUUGUCCAAAAGCCGUUGUCGCCUGGCCUCACACUGAGGCUCUCCGCUCGAUAUCGCUGAUAGUACGCGACUGCCGUAUGGAGCAUUUGCACUACAGUCACAUAUUGUGUUUCCUUUUCCUCCAUUAAAUCCUGUUUUGACUUACAUUCCACCACAUUCACUACAUGGGGUCUGGAAUUGUAGUAAAGAAGCAUUAUGUGACAUUUUCUGGUGUAAUGGGAUUACGCAGUCGUUCUUACGUUCUUUUCAAGCUUCGAAUAAAGUACCAGACCUUCCCCAAAAUGUCAGUUUAUGAUGCUGGGCUUUUGACCAGCACCCGCUGCUUCAUAACAACUAAGAGCCACCACUUUUCGCCUUCGGUGAUAAUGAAUCUUUACUUAUCUUUACCACCAGUGUACAAAAGUCGAGCAAGUUUUUGAUUCUCUUUUGGCUUUUGUUAAUGAGGUCACCAUAGCGCAUUUAUAAGCAUGCCCACCUAUGACGCUGAACGCCUGGGCUCAAAUCCUGGCGGUACCAUCAGAAAAAAUUUUCAGCGGUGGUUUCCCCCUCCUUAUGCUGGCAACAUUUGUAUGGUACUAUGCCAUGUAAAAGGGCGCCCCUGUAACCGAGAUGGUGUUAGCGUGCUUGGAUUAUCAGUGCAGGGGUCGUGGGUUCGAUUCGACUAUGGGUAUGCCCCAGGAACGACCGACUACAUUCCGGAGACUUUUCUCUAAUGGUGUCUUGAAGAUUGUCUUCCUUUCUGGAUUUGGUCUGGCGGUACCCGGGUUAAAAAGGGUAAACGGCAUUUUAGUAGAAAUUUUUAUGGAGUUCUCAGAUAUAAGGUACCCUUCAUUUAUAAAUUUUUUUUUUGGGCAUACCCAAAGAAGGACAGGUUCCUAAAAUUCAAGACAUAUUAACCCUGGUAGUGUACAGCAAAUAGCUGAGUACAAUUUUUUCACGCAAAGUGCACCAUCAGUCAACGAGUUUUGGUUGUGUGUGUGUGUGCAUUAUAGUUAAGAGCAAUAAGGCACACAACCAACGAAAAAUGGCGCGAACUGGCAACACACUCAAAAUCAGAGUUGCACUUAAUACUGAUUUUGACAGAUAGUGCACCAAUUUUUUUUUUUGGCUAAACUGCUCCUACCUGUUAAAUUUAUCUUGCCUAAAAUUAUCUUUGCUACACACUAGAGUGUACAUUCGAUUAUUCAUGACUUUUCAAAAAAUCGAACAAUUGAAAAUUAUACAGAGUCGAAUAAUUUGGGACGGUUAAUCGAUUAAUCGUUUGGAAGUAAAGAGAGCUUAAAAUAUGUGAAUUGUUGAUCAUUUGGGCCCCACUUGUGUAAAAAUUCAUUCGAUUGGGAUGGAAAUAUUUUACUUUAGUUCAAAAUGGAAGAUCAAAUAAAUCGGUUCAAUUUUCCCGAUUUACAAUUUAAAUCGACAUACAUAUAUAUGAAGAAUAAGAUCUCAAAAAAUUUCCCGUUUUGUUUUAUUAGACAUAUUAAACGAUUAAUCGAUUAGUUGUCAAUCAAUCUUUCGGUCUUGUUCGGUUAAUCAUUGGACUUGAAUUUUCAAAUAAACGAUUAAUCGAAUAAUCCAAAAAUACAAAAUACUACACAUUAAACAUAGAAGUGGCAUCGCACCAGGUGCCUCCCAAUGAUUAGUACAAUCGCGCUGCAAUACACCACCGACCAUACCGAGAAGCUUGCCCUUGUCCGGAAUCUGAUACUAGAGCAAAUAUUUAAAUGUAAGAAUUUGCCAAAAUUUGAUUGCAGUAAAAGGCAUUCAAUGCCUUCUGACCCUUUGCUGAAAUUUUCCUUUCCAAAUUCAAUCUAUGGCCAAGAACUAAGCCAAGGGACUUUUACCAAA